CUUGUUGAUUUCUACAUGAUCGAAUCAUCACUUGAAUAAUAAAUCAAUAAAUCAAUUUUCUUUUUUCAUCAUUCAAUCAAUCAAUCAGUAACUAAUUAAUUAAUUAAUUGAUUUUGAAACAAAACAAAAAAAAAUUCUUGAAUCAAACCAAAAACAAACAAAUUUAAAUGGCCAUAAUGAUAAUGAAACGUAUUUGGAAUGGAUUCUGGUAUUGUUUUCAUGAUUAUUGGAUAGAAGCUGCCGAUCCACGUACAAAAAAUUUUCCAUUAAUUGAAUCCGGUCCUGAACCAGUAAUAUUUAUGUUAUUAAUCUAUUUAUUAUUUGUUAAAUUUAUUGGACCAUGGUUUAUGCAUAAUCGUCAACCAUUCAUAUUACGUAUACCGAUGUUAAUCUAUAAUAUCAGUAUGGUAGUGAUUAAUUUAUUUUUAUUUUUAUUCAUUUUAUCACGUAUGGAUUAUGGACGAAGACUUUUAAUAUUUAAAUUUCCUGAUCCAAAUGAUUUUUCACCGGAUAUUUUGCAUGAAAUACGUAUCGGUUAUUUUUGCUAUCUAACACGUUGGGCUGAUCUAUUGGAUACAGUAUUUUUUGUUUUACGAAAAAAAUAUCAACAAAUAACAUUUUUACAUCUUUAUCAUCAUACAUUAGUACCAUUAAUUGGUUGGAUGACAGUGAAAAUUUCACCACAAGCACCUGUUGUUGGAUUAUUUUUACUAUUAAAUACAUUUAUACAUUCUAUUAUGUAUCUGUAUUAUGCAUUGGCUGCAUUCGGUCCUGGUAUACAGAAAUAUCUUUGGUGGAAAAAAUAUAUUACACAAUUACAAUUAACACAAUUUGUUAUAUGUGGUCUAUAUAGUAUUGUUAUGCUAUUUUUACAGGAAGGAUUUCCACCCGGUCUUUUUUGGAUCGGUUUUGCCCAAAAUCCAUUCUUUUUCUAUAUGUUUUAUGAUUUUUAUCAAAAAUCUUAUCGUAAAAAACAACAACAACAACAAAAACAAUUUGAAUUGUCAACAACAGCUUUAAAACAUGAAAAAAUUCAUUGAAAAAAAAACAUUUGUUGUUGUUGCUGUUGCUGUUUUCUCUCUGUUUCAAUUGGAAUUAUAAUCGGGAUUUUUUUUUCAUCAGAAUAAAUUUUGUUUUGUUGUUGUUUUUA